GUUGUUAAUGACCACUUCAUUUAUGCAUGCUUUUGAUUCAAAUCUCUAUAUAUUAGAGUAACACAAAACCACCCAUUUCCGAAAAAAAGACCAAAACCUAAAGGAAAUACAUAACAAACAGAGAAACUCUAUUCUCAGAUUUUCACUUAGCCUCCAAUUUUUUCAUAUUAAAAACAUUCACUCAAUUUCCAUGCUUCUAAACCUAAAUACUACUGCAGUGUCUAUUAUAGCUGCAGUUUCUCUAUUGGUAUAUGUUUUCACAUAUAUUUUAUAUGUGCACAAAUUUUCAGUUCCCUUUAUUUAAAAACAUAACAGAGUAAGAAAACAAAAACAGAACCUGUUCUGUUUCAUUGCUCUUUUAUUAAGAAAAAAUGGGUACAAUCAAUUUACACAAACACAAAGCAGAGAAAUCCAACAAAGUUCAAAAACAUCGUCAUCUUAGAAUGAUUGCAAAAAUUUUUCGGUAUGCAGAGAUGUGUGUUGUGUUGAUUUUGAUUUCAAGGCUUUCAUUCCAACAACUACCAUUGGCUUUGAAGAACUCAAGCGAAUAUUUUCGAGGUUUCGCGGUUAGUCCUGCUUUUGUUUUUCUUGUUGGAAACAUCAUCAUCAUCAUACUCAUUGCUCAAUCUGGUCACUUCUCACAACAUGAUUCUGCAAAAAGAAGAAGUUCAGAACAUGAUCUUUAUCUCGAGUUUCUCAAGAAUAGCAACAUGUAUCAGAAAAUCCAAGGUUUUGAUCAGAAAAAACCCAGCGUAAAAGUUGAGAGCAACGUAAAAGGUCGUAGAAUAAACGAUGGAUGCAUGGUGAAAUUCUCUCAAAAAGAGAGUAUAAAGAGUGAAGAUGAUAACAAAAUGAAGUUGGAAGAGAAACAGGAGAUAAAAACAGAGAUGGGUUUGGAAGUGAAGGGAUAUAGGAGGUGUCAAUCGGAAAUUGAGUUGGUGAGGGGUGUGAAUAGUGAUGAUGCGAAGGAUCAAAGAGUGUUGCAAAGGUGUGAGAGUGAUAAUGAUAAGAGUAAGAGGAAAAACAUUGAAGUUGAUAAAGAGAAAAAAUGGAGUUUAUAUCCUGAAGAUGGAAUGAGCAGCGACGAAUUUCGUCGCACGGUGGAGGCAUUCAUUGCAAGACAACGGAAGCUACGAAUAAAUGAAGUACAAACCAUAUUUAUUCCUAGCUAAUCUGUGUAUGUAAUUUGUUUGAAAAUUGGAUUGUAAACUAAGGUUAAACCUUUAUGUGUCUUCUUCUGUUUAAUGAACAAACAACUAUGUGAAUAAAGAUUAGGGCAAGUGAGUGAAUAAGUAUUUGGAUUAUAAACAUUUGAGUCUAUUAAUCUAAUUUUGUUGGGUUUCUAGUUAGAAAACAUGGUGGUGUUUUCCAAUUUGGUUUUUAUGGUAGUGUUAUGUGCUUCACGCAGAAAUUUCGUGUCUCCUAGUACGUAAGAUUUAAUGUCUGUCUUACUGUGAUGCGGUUCAACAACUUGUCACCAUGGAAAAUAAUUAGUUAGGUUGCCUCAAUGGGGAGAAGCUAAACACACUCUUAUUUGGAAUUUGGAAUGGUGCUACACAAGCCAAAAUACAUUAUUAUGUUAACUUUUUUUUGGCUCUAGGUCUAAAUUUGAUGUUUUAGCUUUUGCUUUUUA